AGACAGAGAAUCCUCUUUUUGCAGUGCUGUAUCACCCGCCACUAGUCCAAGGAAUAGCAUUCACUCCAGCUUCACAAUGAGUUGUUUACUGGCCUUGGCUGCCUGUGAGAGCAGCCAGAAGAGAGCGGAGAAAAAGGAGAAUAAACAAAAUGAAAUCAGGGUAUGUGAGCUGUUUGGCUAAGUUUUAAAAACCAAAGUUUAAAAGCAGACUCAGGAUCCCAAGCAGAGGGCUGGAGAAGGCUGGGAGAAAAGAAACUGACCACUACUUGCCAUAAGAAAGCAAAGCUGAAUAAUUUGUCCACUAACAUUGCUCUUCCUCCCAGACAGAAGACACCCCAAAACCUUUUCCUAGCUGAAGGGCCGGCAUUGAAGGAUGACAGGACAUCACAAAUAUGAGGCACCAGAGCUUCAAGCCACAACAUUAGAAUUCUUAAGGAAGAGUGCGCUCACUAACUUAUUUUAUGGAUGCCACUGAAUUCAGCUUUGAAGGGCUCCAAAAGCACGUCACAGACCUGGAAUGGGAAACCACAGCAAUAAUCAUACCUGUUUGACAGAUGAUUCCUUUAAAUACAACCUGUAUGGGGCCGUAUACAGCGUGGUAUUCAUCCUUGGCUUGAUCACAAACUGUGCCUCUUUGUUUGUUUUCUGCUGUCGAAUGAAAAUGCGAAGCGAGACAACUAUUUUCAUGACAAACCUUGCCGUCUCUGACUUGCUCUUUGUAUUCACUUUGCCUUUUAAAAUAUUUUAUAAUUUCAACAGGCACUGGCCUUUUGGGGACACUCUGUGCAAGAUUUCAGGGACUGCAUUUCUCACCAACAUAUAUGGCAGUAUGCUGUUCCUCACCUGCAUUAGUGUCAACCGUUUCCUGGCUAUUGUCUACCCAUUCAGAUCUCGUACCAUUCGGACAAGGAGAAAUUCAGCCAUUGUGUGUGCAGGAGUCUGGAUACUAGUCCUCAGUGGAGGAAUUUUAGCUUCAUUGUUCUCCACAACCAACGUCUCUAGCACUAGCACAACCUGCUUUGAGGGUUUUUCCAAAAUUGUUUGGAAGACCUAUUUGUCUAAGAUCACUAUAUUUAUUGAAGUGGUAGGAUUCAUAAUUCCUUUGCUAAUCAACCUCACAUGCUCUUCACUGGUUCUGAGGACUCUCCGGAAACCUGCUACAUUAUCUCAGAUUGGGACAAACAAAGAGAAAGUACUAAAGAUGAUUAUUGUGCAUGUGGCCAUUUUUGUAGUAUGCUUUGUGCCCUACAAUUCCAUACUUUUCUUAUAUGCUCUUGUGCGAUCUCAAGCCAUAGCAAACUGCUCUUUGGAGAGAUUUGCUAGGACAAUGUACCCAAUCACAUUAUGCAUUGCAACAAUGAAUUGCUGCUUUGACCCCUUCAUUUACUACUUCACAUCAGAAUCUUUUCAAAAGUCUUUCAAUAUACACCCCCAAAUACAAAUGGACUCCAUUUCCAAGACUGAAACACCUCUAACAAUGAAGACUGCACUGCCUGCAAUACAGGAGGAAGUGAAUGACCAGGCUAUUACAAAUGGAGGUGAUCCAACUGCUGAAUCACAUUUCUAAUGGCUUGUCUACAUAUAGAGUUAUUCCUGAUUAACUAUCCCUGAUUCACUCCCAGGGAUGAAAGUAGGCCGGUACGGGCUGGUAUGAUGUACCAGUAAGAAGCCGGUACCGGCCCGUAUGCAGCCGACCUUAAAGCGCUGCCAUGGCAGUGCUUUAACGUCGCUGCCCCUUUUGCCCCCCCAUCGGCAGCCCUGCCAGAAGGGACCCUAUCGGCAGGGCCACCGACGGGAGGGGCAAAAGGGGCAGCUGCCCCGGGGCUGGUGAUUUAAAAGG